CUUAUUCUGAAGACUAAAGUUCAAUAGGUGAAUCUAAUUAACUAAUUUCAUUUUAAAGCAAAUCAAAUUUGAUUAGUACACAUGGUAUAUAUAGACCAAAUCUUUUCCUAGCCUUGAACAGCGAUAAAAUGAAAUUUCUAGGUCUGCUUUUAUUGGCCACGUCAGUGACUGGCCGAUUCACCGAUGACUUGUACCAAGUUUUGGCCAAAAGUAAUGCAAACAAGAAUCUGAUCUCAUCCCCUUUUUCCGUCGAUAUUGCCUUGGGCAUGACCUACAUGGGAGCUGGGGGAAAAACGGCCCAGGAAAUGAGGGAUGUCCUGAAGUUACCCGCAGAUAAAAAGGAGGUGGCCCGUAAAUACAAGCAACUUCUGACAAAUCUCGAGGGUCGCGAGAAGGUAGCCCUCCUCGACCUGGCCAACCGCAUUUACGUCAACGAUCGCUUCACUAUAAAUCCGGAGUUUAAUAAGGUGGUCAGAGACUCCUUUAAGGCCGAAGCGGAGGCUAUCAGCGUAAGCGAUCCUCAAAAAGCCGCUGAUAUCAUUAAUAAGUGGGUGAGCGACCAGACGCGCAGCAGGAUAAAAACCGUAGUUUUUGAACAUGAUACAAGGGACAUGAUAAUGGUUCUCUUGAAUGCAAUUUACUUCAAAGGACAGUGGAAGCUCGCGUUCAACUCUACAUACACCAAACAGGCAGAUUUUCGUACUGCUGACAGUAAAAUCGUCCCUGUCCAGAUGAUGUCGCUAUCUGCCAAAUUAAAGGCGAGAUAUAUUAGCCAGCUGGAUGCUAAAGUGAUCGAACUUCCCUACCGGAACUCAACCCUCUCCAUGGUAAUCUAUUUGCCGGAAAAAGUCGAUGGGUUGCCAGAACUGGAGAGGAAGAUCGCAGGCUUCUCUCCAGAGCUGAAAGAGCAGAAAGUGAUUUUGGAGCUGCCAAAGUUCAAAAUCGAAUUUUCCUCUGAGCUACAGAAGACUAUUGAGCAGAUGGGCAUGCGUGAAGCAUUUUCUCAAAAAGCGGAUUUUGGAGGUCUAGUACAAUCGUCAAGACCUAGUAUCAGCAAAGUCAUUCACAAGGCCUUCAUAGAGGUCAACGAAGAGGGUGCCGAGGCAGCAGCUGUAACAGUUGUAACCACGGGUACCUUGAGCGUGAAGCCCAACCCCUUAUUGAUUAUUGCUGAUCACCCGUUCGCCUACGUCAUUCGCGAUAAGGACACCGUCUACUUUCAGGGACACUUCGUAAAACCAGAAAAAUAAAGUCACAUUUUCACUGGCAUAAUGUACAUAUGGGUAUUAAACACAGUUCGGCUUGGAGCACCCAUAUUUCUCCUUACUA